AUGUACGCAAGAUCUAUUGGUAUAAGGUUACCCAGAUCCGGAUUUUCAAUCCCUAGAUCAUUCCACCAAUCCACUAGCUUGUUAAAGGCUCCAAGAACAGGAUAUAAUUCUGCUGAUUCAACCGUCAAUACUGAUGAUAUCUUGACUGAAAAUAACCCAUGGUCCCCUACAUUAUAUGAAGAUAAGGUCUACAUCCAUCACAAACGGUCUCUUAGAUCAGUGGCCCUUCCUUCAAACUACAGACUUUCUUACCAACCAUUAUAUGAAGCUCCAGCGGCUAAAUACGUUGGUAUAUUGAAAAGAAUUACUCUUAGUUUUGCAGUUUUAGGUGCUUAUGGUGCCAAAUUAUUCUAUGAUUCUCCACAUUUUGAUGAUAUUUAUGCUGCCUUGGUUUUCGGCUCUUGUAUGGUUCCAGCUUUAAUUGUUGAACAUAAAACUCAACAUUAUGUGACAAGAAUAUUCCGGUUAUAUAACAAAGAUAAGCCACAAACUUUAGAAAAUUUACUUGAAGAUGAGAGUUUAAUUAUGGAAAAAUUGAAUUGGACUGGUGGUAAAACUUUCAAUCAUUUAUUGAAAAUUUCAAAUAAUGAUACUCUUAAAUUGGAAGGUCCACCUAAACAUCCUCUCACGGCCCAAUAUUCAACUUGGAGGGACAUUGACCCACAUUCAGGGGUACCUCGUCAAUACUAUGUUGCCGACAAUGUUGGUGGGUUGAAAAUGGAUAGAUUAUGGGGGAUUGUAGAACACAAUAGUUCAGUUGAUAAUGGGAGAUACAUGGAACCACCCAAAUCAGAAUAA